AGAACCGUAUAGUAUGGCCACUACAGGCACAGCUCCCGCUAGCUAUCCCUUCUCGUGUUUUGAUUUUCUGAAAUUACAUCUCAAAAUUUGUUGUUAUCCUCUUGUACUUUAGCUGACAUAGGUGCGAUCUUGUUUUAUAGCGGUUUUGCAGACGUGUUGAUUACAGGGGUAGGUCAGAGAGAGUUCCUCACAUAAAAGGCAUCAUUGCUCAAACCACAAUAAGAAGCUAAGAAGCCUAAUAAUAAGUAACACCACACCAUUUCUCAUAUUAGUUCUGUUCUCUUCAAAUGGAGCCUAAUAAUGCAUGUACUAUGCAUUCUCAUUGCAUAGAGAUGUCCAUGGAAGUGCACCAAGUUGUUCCACCACCCCACAAGAGCACCCUUCAGAAGCUCCAGGGUAGACUCAAGGAAACUUUCUUCCCUGAUGAUCCUCUGCGCCAAUUCAAGGGACAACCUCUUAAGAGAAAACUGAUCCUUGGAGCACAAUAUGUGUUCCCUAUUCUUCAAUGGGGUCCUAAGUACAACCUCAAACUCUUCAAAUCUGACCUUGUUUCUGGCCUCACUAUUGCUAGCUUGGCCAUCCCACAGGGAAUAAGUUAUGCCAAGCUUGCAAGUCUUCCUCCAAUUGUGGGACUUUAUUCUAGUUUUGUUCCACCACUAGUUUAUGCUGUUCUUGGAAGCUCAAAGGACCUUGCAGUUGGACCUGUUUCUAUUGCUUCUCUUGUGAUGGGAUCCAUGCUGAGGCAGGAAGUGUCUCCCACAGCAGACCCUAUCCUGUUUCUUCAGCUAGCUUUCACUUCAACAUUAUUUGCUGGCCUCUUUCAAGCUUCUCUUGGAAUCCUAAGGCUAGGCUUCAUAAUUGAUUUUCUAUCUAAGGCCAUUCUUAUUGGGUUCAUGGCUGGUGCUGCUAUUAUUGUGUCACUGCAACAGCUCAAGAGCCUGCUUGGAAUCACACAUUUCACUAAUCAAAUGGGUCUGAUUCCUGUUAUGACUUCUGUUUUCCACAAUAUACAUGAGUGGUCAUGGCAAACAAUAUUGAUGGGGAUUUGUUUCCUGGUGCUACUGCUAUUAGCAAGACACGUUAGCAUAAAGAAACCAAAGCUAUUCUGGGUCUCAGCUGGAGCUCCUCUUAUGUCUGUCAUCAUCUCUACCCUCUUGGUUUUUGCAAUUAAAGCUCAAAAUCAUGGCAUCAGUGCGAUUGGAAAAUUGCAACAAGGAAUAAAUCCUCCAUCAUGGAAUAUGUUGCUCUUUCAUGGAAGUCACCUAGGCCUAGUUAUGAAAACAGGGCUUAUCACCGGGAUUUUGUCCCUCACUGAAGGUAUUGCAGUAGGAAGGACAUUUGCAGCUCUCAAAAACUACAAAGUGGAUGGAAAUAAGGAAAUGAUGGCAAUUGGGUUUAUGAAUGUGGUUGGCUCCUUCACUUCCUGCUAUGUUACAACAGGUGCUUUCUCUCGAUCAGCUGUUAACAAUAACGCAGGAGCAAAAACAGCUGUGUCGAAUGUAGUGAUGUCUGUGACAGUCAUGGUAACACUCCUUUUUCUCAUGCCAUUGUUUCAAUACACACCUAAUGUCGUGUUGGGCGCAAUCAUAGUCACAGCAGUAAUUGGCCUCAUUGAUCUCCCUGCUGCUUGUAACAUUUGGAAGAUAGACAAAUUCGAUUUCGUUGUGAUGCUGACUGCUUUCUUAGGUGUUCUUUUCAUCUCUGUCCAGGGAGGCCUUGCUCUUGCUGUCGGGUUAUCAACUUUCAAGAUACUCUUGCAAAUUACGAGGCCGAAAACAGUAAUGUUGGGGAAGAUUCCAGGAACAGACAUAUAUAGAAAUCUUGAUCAAUACAAGGAAGCUGUGAGAAUACCUGGAUUUCUUAUUUUAAGCAUUGAGGCUCCCAUCAAUUUUGCUAACAUCACAUAUCUCAACGAGAGAACGUUGCGAUGGAUUGAAGAAGAAGAAGAAGACAACAUAAAGGAACAAUUAAGCCUUCGAUUCUUAGUAUUGGAAAUGUCAGCUGUGAGUGCUGUUGACACAAGUGGAAUCUCACUUUUCAAGGAGUUGAAAGCAACACUGGAAAAGAAGGGUGUUGAGCUUGUGUUGGUCAAUCCUCUUGCUGAGGUCAUAGAAAAGCUUAAAAAAGCAGAUGAAGCUAAUGAUUUCAUACGAGCAGAUAACCUUUUCUUAACAGUUGGAGAGGCUGUAGCUUCACUUUCAUCAGCAAUGAAAGGCCAAUCAUCAACCAUUACAGAAGGGACACACACAAUUGUGUCACAUAAUUGAUAAAUUAAGACUGCAAAAUAUAUAAGAAAAGGUAAAAAAAAAAAGAAAAAAGAAAUAGAAGCAGCAACAACUACAAGACUAGCAUAGAAUUUGCCUAAUACCAAUCAUUGUAAAAUCCUACAGUAUAAACAAUUAAAGUGAAAUGUACCCUUGUGUCAUUUGUGCUUGUUCUUACUGGAUUUGCCUCACAGGCAUUGUAGUCAUAACUUAUAUGGGAACUACUUGUUGCUUGUUAAUUCAAUCGUUGAAGUUGAUUUCCAAGCACUUUUCAGCACAUCCAGUUCAACAAACUACUUGCAAAG